CAAUUUUCGUUCUUUUUGGACUUGUUCAGUCAAAAGCUCCAAAAAUUUUCCUUUCUCUCACCUCUAGUCCUCUACUCCCUCUUUCUUUCACUCUCUCAUUUGCAAAACUGGCGAAAAAUCGAGAAGACGAACUCACGCCAAUUCAAAUUUGAAUUUUCGUAUUUUCUCUCUCCUCUUCCUCUUCCUCUUCCUCGUGCUCGUAUUGCAGAAGCUCGUUCCAGGCAAGGCGUUUUCACGUUGUCAUGGACACUUCAUCGGCUGGCUUUCUUGUACCCCAUAAGAAGCUUAUCAUUGACGUUAAGGGAAUUAAAACAGAUCUGGUUAUUUGUCGCUAUGAAGACCAUUUCCUUGUAAUUGUGACCCAGAUCGGAAGUAUGGGAACAUUAAUGCAAGCGAGAAAGGAGGAAGGUGUAUCAGUUCAACCAACAUUCCAUGUGUCUAUCCUCUUUGGCAAACGAGAUGAGCCAAUGCUAUUGGCAUGUGCUCGACAGCUGAUUGAACAUAUAAGUGCUGCUGGCUCAUCCAGGUCGUUGGUGCUUUCUCUUGGUCUGAAAGACCAUAAUGUGGGUACAAUGAAGGCCAUAGUUUCUGCAGUGAUAGAAAAUCGAAUGUGGUAAUCUUCUUGAUACAGAUAACAUCCAACAUACUGCAGUUUUGUCUUCUUUUUCUAGUCAAGCUGGCUGGGUGUGCAUGAGUACCAGAGCAGACAAAUGACGCUGCUCACUCUGUGGUGAUCUUACUCGUAUCUACGAGAAUUCUCCUAGGCUGAUUGUUAGAUAUAUCACGCUUUAUUUGCUCGUGUUAAAUCAUUUUUACUAGUAAAUUAUCCGAAAUUACUUCAAUA